CUUCACCCCUAUAAAAUUAUGCCCUACGCUUAAUUUGAGAAGGAGACAGUGGCUGCGUGUUACUUUCUUGAUCUCUAUAAAAAAAAAAACCCAAUUAUGUCUUCUUGUACUACUACAACUACCUUUCCAACCAAAGCACCACAUAUCCAUUCUAGGAAACAUGAUGUUUUCCCCAAAAACCAAGUACUAGGAACUCUUUCCUUCUCUUCCAAGAAAAAUUCCCACUUAGGUUUCACUGCUCAAACUAGUAGUCAAACUAAUUUUCUGUCUGCAAUGGAUGAAAAUUGUAAAUUGGAAGUUAGUUCAACUGAUAUACCAGAUGGGUAUUCUAAAGAAUUGGAAAUUGCUGUAAGAGCUGUACAUAUGGCUUGCUUGCUCUGCCAGAGAGUUCAAGAAAAUUUACUAUCUGAAAGCUCUAAACAUGUCCAUUCUAAGGAAGAUGACUCUCCUGUCACAAUUGCAGACUGGAGUGUUCAAGCAAUUGUCAGCUGGGUACUGUCCGAGGCUUAUGGCAGUGAGAAUGUCUGUAUUGUUGCUGAAGAAGAUGUGGAAGCGCUUUCAAAGGCUGGCGCAGUUGGCCUGUUAGAAGCAGUAGUAAAAACUGUGAACGAAUGUCUAGCCGAUGCACCCCGUUUCGGACUAAAAGGUCCAGCUACUGAUCUUGAUGCUAAAGCUGUUCUUGAGGCCAUAAGUCGGUGCAGCUUGGCAGGUGCCAGAGGUAGCAAGUUUUGGGUACUGGAUCCUAUUGAUGGCACAUUGGGUUUUGUGCGUGGAGAUCAAUAUGCCAUUGCUUUGGCAUUGAUAGAAGAUGGAGAACCUGUGCUUGGGGUUCUUGGGUGUCCAAAUUACCCUACGAAGAAGGAAUGGCUUAGUUAUCAAAAUGGUUAUAGGAGAAUCUUAUCUAGGUUGACCGCCCCUACAUCUGAAUCUUCGGAUAAAGGUUCUGUACUUUAUGCAAGGAAAGGUGGAGGCAGGGCUUGGAUGCAACCGCUACUGUGUGGAGAAAAUAACUUUGUGUGGCCAAACUCUGCAAGGAAAAUCAGAGUAUCCUCCGUUGAUAACCCAGCACUAGCUACCUUUUGUGAACCAGUUGAGAAGGCAAAUUCAAGCCAUUCAUUCACAGCAGGACUAGCUCAUAGUGUUGGACUUAGGAACGAGCCAUUACGUGUAUAUAGCAUGGUAAAGUAUGCAGCCAUAGCUCGAGGAGAUGCUGAGAUAUUCAUGAAAUUUGCGAGGGCUGGUUACAAGGAGAAAAUAUGGGAUCAUGCAGCUGGUGUUCUUAUCAUUGAAGAAGCCGGUGGAGUGGUGACCGAUGCAGGAGGGCGUCCAUUGGACUUCUCAAAAGGCGAAUACUUAGAGGGACUUGAUCGAGGUAUAAUUGCUUGCGCUGGAGCCAAACUACACGAAAAGAUCAUUCAGGCUGUAGAUGCUAGCUGGAACUCCUCUAGCCUUUAACCUAUUGUAUGUUACUCAAUGUUCAGCCUAAAUGUGGUCAAAUGGUGUGCAUAAGGCCAUAUGUUGCAAAUAUAAAUAAAUGAUACUAGCAUUAUACUGCAACUGUGGGCACUGACUACUGAACCAUGAACUGAUUCUGUACGGUAAAACCAACUUUAGGCAGAUUGAUUUCUCUGAAGGAAAACCCCAAUUGGAGGGCAUUAUGCUAAACUUUUGAAGAUUGUGAAUGGAUCUCUUAUUUGAUA